AUGACUUUAGAAGACUUCGAGAAGUCAUUGGCAGAGGGGAAAGAGGAGCGGCACGAAAAAAGCGAAGGGCGACAUCAUCGAGACCGAAACCGCGAUCGCGACCGCAGCAAAGAGCGCUCGAGACACCGUCAUCGUUCCAGCCACCAUCACCGGCGGCAUUCUUCCAGAUCCCGCGAUCGCGACAGCGAGCGAACUCGUGAGUCCCGGCAUCGCGACGAUGAUGGCCACCGGCACAAGCGUUCACGUCGUUCCGACGAUCAAGGAGACGAGCAUGGCCAUAAACGCCAUCACCGGAGCUCCAAAGACGAGGCGGGAUCCACUGCUCCUUCAGUAAUAGUACAAGAGGAGCCUAACAAUCUGAAACGUGACGCCUGGAUGGAAGCGCCGUCGACUCUCGACGUCGAUUAUGUUCAUCGACCGGAUUCGACGCGACAGGAGGAGCCGAAACCAAUAAUGCUUGCAGCAGACUAUGAACUCAAAAUCCACGAAAAGGAGCUCAACGACCAUCUACGUGAUCUUAAGAAUGGAAAAGCAGUCGAAGAGAUAGAAGAUGAGCCUGCUCAGCACGAGGUGGACUAUACCUUUGGGGACUCAGGAUCACAAUGGAGAAUGACCAAGCUCAAAGGGGUAUACAGAGAGGCGGAAGAAAGUGGCAGGCCUAUCGAUGAUGUUGCUAUUGAGCGUUUUGGAGAGCUUCGCGCUUUUGAUGACGCUCGGGAGGAGGAAACCGAGAUUGACCGGCGCAAGACGUAUGGACAGUCCUAUGUGGGCAAAACUAAACCCAGCGGGGAGCUGUUCCAGGAAAGGAAACUUCAAAAAAACAUUCGAAGAGAUCCGCUUGAACAUAUUCGGGAUCCAGAACAAGAGCUCAAUGCCGAAGGCCAAGGCAAGAAAAUGGAUACUGUUCCACCUCCCAAUACUACCCGCCACCUCGACCUGACAGCAUUGAAUCGUCUGAAAGCCCAGAUGAUGAAGGCAAAACUCAGAAAAGCACCAGAUGCCGCCGCUCUUGAGGAGCAGUACAAUAUAGCCGCGGCAGCCAUGUCAAACCGCAAGGAAUCUGAUGUCGUGGUCCUUGAUGUCAUGCACAACCGCAUGCUAGCAGGCUCGGGGAAUGAGGUAAAAGCCAUCGAUACGAAGAGGGGUCGUGAAAGGGGCCUAGUAGAAACAAAUGAAGAUAUGAGCAUUGAGGAUAUGGUGCGAGAAGAGCGCAAAACGCGUGGCCAGCUCGGCGGAGAGGGCCGGCGGUUGGCAGAUCAAAUUGGCCGUGAUGCCAAGUUUGAGAACGAUUUGGAGUAUAUGGAUGACAAUGCAUCCAAGCUGGCCAAAAGAGUUCAUCGAUCUGAGAUUGAUCUCAAGAACACAACAAUCAAUGACUUCCACAAGAUGAACCGGAUUUUGGAUAACUGUCCUCUUUGUCACAACGAAAACAAGGGCACGCCUCCACUUGCCCCGGUGGUAUCCCUUGCGACCAGGGUCUUCCUCACACUUCCUACGGAACCCGAGAUCAGUGAAGGAGGUGCUACCAUCGUACCAAUCCAACACCGCACUAAUUUGAUGGAAUGCGAUGACGAUGAGUGGGAAGAAAUUCGCAACUUUAUGAAGAGCCUCACGCGUAUGUACCACGACCAAGGUCGAGAUGUAAUCUUCUACGAGAAUGCAGCCCAGCCACAGCGCAAGCGACAUGCAUCCAUGGAAGUUGUGCCUUUGCCUUACAGUCUAGGAGAAACAGCGCCCGCUUUCUUCAGGGAAUCAAUUCUCAGUGCCGAGUCGGAAUGGUCGCAGCACCGCAAGCUUAUCGAUACCCUUGCCAAAUCAAAACAAGGGCUUGGUCGGUCUGCCUUCCGCCGGACCCUUGUGAAGGAAAUGCCUUACUUCCACGUUUGGUUCGAACUAGACGGCGGCCUGGGUCAUAUCGUGGAAGAUGACAACCGCUGGCCUCGUGGAGACCUUUUUGCCCGGGAGAUCAUUGGAGGAAUGUUAGACGUUGCUCCGGACGUCAUCAAACGACAAGGGCGCUGGAACCGUGGUGAUCGUAGGGUUGAUGGAUUCAGAAAACGCUGGAAGAAGUUUGACUGGACCCGUAUUUUGGUUGAAAGCUAA